AUGCGGCCGCCCCCGGGGCCGUGGUGGCCGCUGCUCUGGCUGCUGCCCUCGGCCACACUGGCCGUAGGCGCGGUGCACAGGGAGGAGGCGGUGGUGGCGCCGUUGUCAGCUCAAAGGUGCAGAGCUUUGAAGGAAAUGGAUUUAAUUAAAGCUUCUGGGUCAGGCUGUUACUGCUACUAUCAAAAUUCCCAAAUUGAGUGGAAAUACAUAUGGUCAACUAUGCAGGUGAAAAUUAGCAGUUCAGGCCUGCUCAGUAUUGUAUAUAUCUCAGAAAGACAUCAUUGCCAGGAUCCAGAAACCAUUCUAUCUAUUAUAAAAUGUGUGAUGCAUAAAUUUUGGACACCACAUGAGUCUCAUGAAAUAACCCUAAGCAUCAAUCCAUAUGGGGAUACUGUGUGCUUCUCUGUGGAGCCUGUCAGAAAUUACACAAUACACGUGGAUCGAAACAUUGUGGAUUUCAAACUCUUCCUUGUAUUUGUGGCAGGCAUUUUCCUCUUCUUUUAUGCAAAGACCUUGAGUCAAAGCCCUAUUUUCUUUUACUCUUUGGGGACUGCACUAGGUAUUCUAAUGACAUUAGUCUUUCUCCUGCUGCUGGUAAAAAGGUUAAUUCCUGAGUAUAGCACCUUUUUGGCUUUAAUGGUUGGUUGUUGGUUUGCUUCAGUUUAUGUGGUGUGCCAAUUGAUGGAAAAUCUGAAGUGGCUGUGGUAUGAAAACACAAUAUAUAUAUUGGGCUAUGUCUUGAUAGUUGGAUUUUAUAGCUUUGCUGUUUGUUACAAACACGGACCCCUUGUUGAUGAGAGGAGCAUACGUCUUCUGACGUGGACACUGCAGCUCCUCUCCCUGUUUCUGAUCUACUGUGGUGCCACCGUGCCUCAGUUCACGUAUGCAGUCAUGGUGCUCAUCCUUUCGUCCAGGGGUCUGCACUACCCGGCGAGAGCAUUCAGGAAAAUGAAGAAGUGGUUUACAGGAAAGCUGGCAGUGAAGUAUCUUACUGAAGAUGAAUACAGGGAACAAGCUGAUGCUGAAACAGCCAGCGCUUUGGAGGAACUGCGCCAAGCCUGCCGCAAACCUGACUUCCCAUCGUGGCUGGCCGUCUCCAGACUCCAAGCUCCUAAAAAGUUUGCAGACUUUGUUCUUGGAGGAAGCCACUUAUCGCCCGAAGAAAUCAGUCUUCAUGAAGAACAGUACGGCCUUGGGGGUGCCUUCUUGGAAGAGCAGCUCUUUACCCCGAGGACUACCUGACAGUCCGCCUGCACACUGACUUCAUUCUGGACAAGGAAGUAUGUAAAAGCCAAGGAUCCUUUCAAAGUCCUAGGGAACAGUGGCAAAAGAAUUUGCUUUGGAGAAAAAUCAAGUCACACUGGAAAGGGAAACUAAACUGUUUUGAAGAUAACUUCUCAUUCUUGGCCAGUUCUGCUAUUUAUUGUAUUGUAGGUGGCCACCAGGAUUCUAUGACUGCCGUUACCACUUUCCUUGAAUGAAGAUUUUCAUUAGGAACAAGGGAAUUGUGUUGACCUUUAAGGGGCCAAUAAGCAUGAAUAAGUGCCUUCUCAAAACCAGGGCAUUAAAUCCGCUCACUCUCCAGAGCCUGUCAGAGUGCUCUGCACGGCUCUUCCUAAAUGUCGUCAGUGUAAGUGCUGGCAGAGACCUGAGAUAGGCUGGACCAGUGUUUCCAAACGCAUAGUCUACAGAUGCUAGUAAGUGUUGGUAAAGGGAUUCUGAGAGGUCAACUAAGAGGUCAACUAAGAUUGAUACAAAGUUAAACAAAAGUACUGCAGGACUUCUCAGAAUCUUUAAUAAUGCUAAUUCACAUUGUGAAUUUAAGAGAAGUGUGUAGUGGUUUCCGACUUAAUUUGACGACAGAACAGUUUUUCAGGAGAUGAGUAUUCCUUGGCACACAUGUUGAGGAAAUGCUGAUGAUGAUGGAAUUGAGAUUUGGGGAGGUUAAACAACUUGUUCAAGGCCACAGAGCUAUUUAAAGGCAGCACUGGGACUGGAGCUUCAGCCUUGAUGUUUACUCUGACUCAGGUAGAAGAGACCUUUAGAGGCGAAGUAAGAGUUCCUUACAGCCUUGGGUCUCACAAUAUUGGUGACUUUUUCAUUUUUUAAUAAUGACCAACUAGCUAUUUGGUAACUGUGAUG